UAUUUAUUUUUCCUAAGGCUGCUCUUCUAUCAGCGGCAUACAUACAUAUUAUGAGCACUACCCUUCUCUAGGCGAAGUUUCGGUGCACUCGGCGCUUCAGGCAAAUGUGUCCUCUGGUCCAGACCGAUGUGGACGCCCCGCGACAGCUUUUGGCCACCCCCAGCAGCAUUUAAACUUUAGGCUAAGCUGUACUAAAUCUCACGAUGUCGUCGUACUUCUUCCGAUAAGGUUGGAUUUCGGCAGAAAUUUCAAGGAAUACUUCCAGCCGGAACUGCAUGCUUGUCGUAUUUGCAAAAUUCUCACGAGACUAUCGGAGUUUCAAGCCGUGUACAAGAGCGUAGGCGACCCACUGGUUGGACGAAACUGUAUUUGGAAGCUGAAUGCAAAAGAUAUCAGUUUCUGCAAGCCUGUAAGCUGAAGAAUUUUAGCUCGGUGCUUCGUAAUUCUUCCAUUGCAAGUGAGAAAACAGAUGAUGUUUUUCAUUGUUCCCGCGGAAUGAGACACACUUUCAAAUGACGAACUUCGGCGGACACUUUGGAGUUUGGGACUACAGCAUCUUCUUCACCAUGCUGCUGGCCUCAUCAGCGAUAGGCAUUUACUACGCGUUCAAGGCUGCGAAGAAGCCGCAGGUGCCUAAAUCAAUGGGAGUUCUCCCGGUCGCUAUGUCGUUGAUCAGCACGUCUAUAUCGCCCGUGGCUAUGCUAGGUAUUCCAGCCGAGAUGUACUUCUACGGCGUCGGGUUUAUCAUGAUACAGGUGGGACUGCUGUUCACGGUCCUCUUGACAAAUUGCAUCUACAUGCCCAUGUUUCACAACCUUGACGUCACCAGCGCUUUCCAGGUAUGUUCUCUUACUGUUACUAAUCGACUCCGUGACGAAUCGGUAAAGUACGCAUUGCAGUGGCAUCACUGGUGUAGUUCCCCUUUGACCGGAGUAAAUCUUUGGUUGUCAGUGGUGUCUAUUGGCGUCGUCUGCACCUUCUACACGACCAUAGGCGGUAUCAAGGCGAUCGUCAUGGCCGACGUGUUUAUGAGCUUCAUAAAGUAUGCCUCCAUCAUACUGCUUGCAGUGAAAGGGACCAUGGACGUCGGUGGCUGGCAGAGCGUCUACGAAAAGAACCUCAACUCUCAUAGACUUCAUUUGUUCGACUUUCAUCCGGACCCGACAGUUCGUCAUUCAGUGUGGUCCCUGGUUAUCGGAGGCACAUUCCUGUGGCUCACCAUGUACGCCGUUAACCAAGGAUGGGUACAGCGCUAUCUCAGCAUGCCCAACGUGGCCGCAGUUAGGAGAGCCAUGUGGGUGAACCUGUUGGGCGUGAUUGUACUCCAGAGUUUGCUGUGCUACGUGGGACUGGUCAUAUUCGCGCGAUACAGCGACUGCGAUCCCAUCAGCACAAGACAGGUCACGGCGGCGGACCAGGUAAACCCAUUUUUCGUCAUGGACAUACUGGGAAGCUACCCAGGUGUUCCUGGGCUCAUCGUGUCUGGAAUAUUCAGCGGAGGACUGAGCGGCGUAUCUGCAAGCCUCAGCUCCCUGGCGACAACGACACUUCAGGAUAUUGUAAAGACUUACAUCAAGCCGGACCUUGGAGAUAGGGCUGCUGGAAUCUUACUGAAAGUUCUAACUGUUGUGUUCGGAGUCAUCGUCGUCGCCAUGGUGUACGUGGCACAGCAGAUGGGGGACGUCCUACAGUCGGCGCUGUCCAUCCUUGGUAUUGUCGGUGGCCCUCUGGUCGGCGUCUACAGCCUCGGAAUCUUCGUCCCGUUCGCCAAUUCUAUUGGAGCCGUCGCGGGCUUGGUGGCUGGUGUGGCGACCCUGUCCUGGAUCACCGUGGGCGCCUAUCUCAGGAGGCCGCUUCACUGGCGACCACCGGUCUCGAUCGACGGUUGCGUCCCGCUGUACCUUAAUGCAACAGGACUUGAACAGCCAGUUCUUCCUUCUGUGAACAUCGACGCGCACAAUUCUCAGAUCGAGUACCUCUACCGCCUGUCCUACCUGUGGUACAGUUUUCUUGGUGCACUUAUCGUCCUUGUCCUGGGACCGUUCAUCAGCCUUCUGACAAUUCGAUGGUCAAAGCCGGUCGAAGAGCGCCUCCUGAUUAGGAUCACCUGCAACUGUUUCUCGAGAAGAGGCACAGAGCAAAACAUCAAGUCGCCUUCAGUGAACAGCGACAUUUCACACGACAGUGGUCCAUUUUUCGUGGAACCAAUUGUCACGGAUUCGUCCCAUCAUAACUUGGCGCAACUUGGUAUCAGCAACAGAUUGCCAGUGACACCACCGACAACCGGCACGAAGAAGCGAUUGAAAGAACUCAUCUUCCGGACAUUCAAUGGGACAGCACAGAAUAAGGUUUCUAAUGGGAAUGAUGUGCAGACCAGCUCAAUAACUACUGAUAACACGGCACCCUCAAGAGAUGACUGCAGCGGGACAACCAGCCAUGCAGUUACAUUUAUACCACCACCAGCUUAGACAACACGUGCCCGUCUUCCUCGUAAAAGGGGCCCUGAACCACCCCUCUGGCUUGGCAAAAAAACAGUUAACGGAUAGCAUACGCUGCUGUGAACAUCCCAGCCAAAUUUUGCAGUCGUGUGUGGAUCUUGCAAGCUUGGCGCGAAGUCACCUUUCUCUCAAACGCUCUCUUUUCAACAGAAGCCUGCUCCUCACUCUUCUCUGGAUGCUUUAUUUCGUAAUAUAGCAGAUUCCCAUACGCGGCUGCUAUUGGCAAA